AUGAGUGCAACGGGAGGCAACUACGGUUCCGUCACCAACUCGGUGCCGGUCGUGAACGGCGACUCACACACUCACGCCGAUGAAGAGCAGUCUCUCCUCGGCGGCGGCGGCGGUGCCAGGAAACCUGCUUCCACGUCCCUGCGGAAGAAGCUCACCACCGACGUGCAACGCGACUGGGCCGAUCUGAUUCUCCUAGCGUGCUACAUCAUCACCGGCCUGCUCGACAGCUCUUCCAUCUCCAUCUGGGGCUCCUUCGUAUCAAUGCAGACAGGAAACACAGUCUACAUCGGCCUCGGCCUCGCCGCGCCUACCGAAUCCACCCGCUGGAUCAAGUCCGCCACCUCGCUCAUCUCAUUCUGCCUCGGCUCCUUCUUCUUCAGCCGCUUCCACCGCUUCUUCUCCCCCAAGAAGCGCUGGGUCCUCUGCGCGUCCUUCAUCGCCCAGACGCUCCUCUGCGUCGCCGCCGCCGUCAUCCUGACCGUCGGCCCCGCGGCCGGCAAGGACGAGAUCGCCUGGAACGUGCUGGUGCCCAUCGCCCUCAUCGCCUUCCAGAGCUGCGGCCAGGCCGUCACGAGCCGCGCCCUCAAGUACAACGCGCUCACCAGCGUCGUGCUGACGAGCAUCUACUGCGACCUCUUCUCUGACGCCGAGCUCUUUAGCGUCCGCAACGCCGAGCGGAAUCGCAGGGUCGGCGCGCCCGUCUUGCUUCUUGUUGGUGCCAUCUGUGGCGGUCUUUUUGCGCACAGUCCCCUAGGGAUUGCCGGUGCUCUGUGGACGGCGGCUUUCUUGAAGUUUCUCAUCGUCUUGUCGUGGUUCUUCUGGCCUGGUGAACCGAUUUCCGACGAAGAGUAG